AUGUGAAUGAGUGCCUGGAGAACAAUGGUGACUGUUCAAUGAAAUGUGUUAAUACCCAAGGCAGCUUCAAAUGUGAAUGUGUAUCUGGAUAUGUGUUGGACGUGGAUUCCUCCAGUGAGUGUUUGGAUGUAGAUGAGUGUGCAGGUCCUAACUCAUGCAAACAGCAAUGUCUCAAUACAGUUGGAUCUUUCACAUGUAGUUGUCAGGAUGGCUUCAGCCUAGCUGCAGAUGGCUUUGCAUGUGAAGCUCCACCAGAGGAUGCUUGUGAUAUAUCAUGUGGUGGAACUCAGGCAGGGCAAUGUGUGAAGAUAGAUGGACUACCAACCUGCGUCUGCAAUGCUGGCUACAUAAAGGGUGACAGGGCUCAGGAUGAAUGUGUAGAUAUUAAUGAAUGUGAAAGCCUUGAAUCUGAUAAACACAAUUGUGACUUAAACUCUAACGCCAGAUGCGCCAAUCUAGAUGGACAGGUCAUUCCAUACCAGUGUUUGUGUAAAGAGGGAUUCAGACUUAAUUCUGACAAAACGUCUUGCAGAGAUAUCAAUGAGUGUAGCACUGAUGUGAAUCAAUGGAAACACCAAUGCGAUCAGUCUGGCUCAGAGUGUGUGAACACCAUUGGAGGAUACAGCUGUCAGUGCUUUCCAGGAUUUCAACAAAGAACAGAAUACAAUUGCACAGAUGUGGAUGAAUGUAAAGAUGGUACACAUGGCUGUCAUGUAAAUGCUGUGUGUAUGAAUAGGCCUGGUGGCUACAAGUGCCAGUGCUCAGAAGGUUACGAGGGAGAUGGCAUCAACUGCAAGGAUGUUGAUGAGUGUCUCUCGGAGUCCCUAGACACAUAUUGCAAUGUGAACUCUCAAAUAUGUGUCAACACAAAGGGCAGUUACCAAUGUGACUGCAAGUCUGGUUUUAAACAACUUCUUGAAGAAAGUGUGUUAGGAAAUAAAGGAGACUGUAUAGAUAUUGAUGAGUGUUUUAGUCCAAGGCUCAAUGACUGUCAGUUCCAAGUUGGCUGUAUUAACUCCCCUGGCAGCUUUAAAUGUACUUGUCAACUUGGCUUCAGACUCAACAAUGAUGGCAGAACUUGUACAUUGGCUAAUGAGUGUGAGCAUCCUGAGAAGUACAAAUGUGACCAAGUGUGCGUCAAUGUCACUGGGAAACCUGUAUGUGCCUGCAAUAGAGAGGGCUACACGAAGGAUCCAUUCGAUAAUAAGAAAUGUCUAGAGAUUGAUGAGUGUGCCCAAAGCAGUCUUUCUGCUCCUGAGAGAUGUGGUGCUAACAGCAGAUGCAUUAACACUGAUGGAGGCUUCAGCUGUGUCUGUAACGAACACUGGCUCCUGGAUGUUGAUAGCUUGGCCUGUUCAGAAACCAAUGGUAACUGGGGGCCCUGGACCUCAUACAGUAGUUGUUCGAAACGAUGUGCUGGUAGGAUGACUCGCAACAAGACAUGCUCCAACCCACCUCCCACACAGGGCAGGUUCUGUGAGGGUACUCCCCUUGACUACAAAUUAUGCAACACUAAGCUCAUUCCUGGCAAAUGUGAAGUAAAGACAACAGAAAUUGACAAAGGUAUUAUGGUGGUCUUUCCAAAUCUUAAUCCAGUACAUUGGGAAAGCAUAGAAAAUGCUAUGUUUGCUACUCUGGCCUCUCAAGUGAACAAAUACUGCCAAAGCAGUGAAGACAAUUUUGUGAAAUGCUGUCCAAAGUUUGAUCUACCACCGUUUUCCCCACCAUACUUGAGUAAUGCCAUCGAUCCAACUGGAGCUGAAUUUAGGACUGCUAACACCUACCCUAGAGCUCAUGAGCAGGGGAUGAAGGUUGUUGUCUAUGUUGAUGCACUUGUAUCCAAUCCCCUCUGUAAUGGCGAGCUGCCUGAAUCCAGACGUAAGCGGGACACAAGAUUGAAGCGUGCGGCUGAGACGACCUAUCCUAUGGACCAAGAAGUGUUGACAUCUGUAGCAAAUCAACCAGACACUAAGUUACAUCUUCAACAGGAGUUGACAGAUUCAGGACACAGUGAUAUAGUGAAUGAUGCUACAACUUACACUGCAGAGAAAGCCCCUAAUGAAAAUGAAGCUCCAACUGUUGAGCCAGUUGCAGCAGAAAUGGAUUCCUGGGUCAUUCCAGUCAUUGUGGUUGCUGCCCUACUUGUUAUUGUUGUUGUUCUCAUCAUAGCAGUAGUGCUCAUACGCAAGAACAAGGCAAAGAAAGCAGGGGAAUCAACCAAUCAGAGCCAGAUGUUGGACCAUGAGCCCAAUGAGGUGCACCAUCAUCAUGUGGAUUACCAUGGUGAACUUCACGGGGAUACACCAGAGCCCCUUACCACUGAUCCAACCGGACAUAGGCCCUUCUCAGUCAGCUCAAGUGUGGGAUUCUCCAGGGCCACUCUCUUUGAUGAUGGUAUGGUUCACCCCAAUACUCCGCAAUAUGGUGAUGAGGAGCAAUUGGUUGUACCAGAUGAGACGCGAGGCUCAUACUCCGGAAGUGUGACACAGAGCAGAGUUAGCUCGAGAAGCUCUGGGAAAUCUAGUAGGAAAUCAAGCUCAAGAAAUAGCAAGAGGCCUAGUAGUGCUUUAUCAACCAUGUCAAACCCCCCAGUAAGUGCCCCCUCUAGACCUAUGUCCACUGUGAAUCAGACGUCCCAAUCUCAGGAAAAUCCCAGGCCUGUAUCUGCUAAAAGCGAAAGGCCUGAAUCUGCUAAGAGUAAAAGGCCUGAAUCUGCAUCUGCCAAAAGUGAAAGGCCUGGAUCUGCUAAAAGUGAAAGGCCUGAAUCUGCUAAAAGCGAAAGGCCUGAAUCAGCUAAAAGUGAAAGGCCUCAAUCUGAUAAAAGUGAAAGGUCUGGAUCAGCUAAAAGUAAGAAGCCUGAAUCAGCUAAAAACAGUGAAGAGUGA